UUCACAUUCAAUAAACAUCUAAAGUCUCUAACUAAUAAAGCUUAAAUGGAGUUUUCACGUCUAUCUCUUUUAACUUUGUGCUGUCUUGCUCUUGCGGGAACAGUUGCAUCUCAUUCUGACAUCGAAGGCAAAGUGCUCUUUUUAGAAAGUGACCUAUAUCCAGGCAAGAUAUUUAGAGGACUUCAAAAGCUUUCUGAUGUUCAACCAUUCCGAUCAAUUGGAUGGUUGCCAAUUGAAAAAGAAAAUCAACGAUCUAAAAAUGUAAUUGAAAAAGAGAGCUAUAGUCUUGAUGAGAUAUGCGGGGGUCCUCCUGCUAUAGGAGAAGACAAGUUAUGUGCAACAUCCUUGGAAUCAAUGAAGGAUUUUGCCAUUUCAAAGCUUGGGACGAAUAUUAAGUCAUUUUCAGGUUAUUUUGCUAAAAAUCAAGAUCAAUAUGUGGUCGAGGAAGUAAAGAAAAUUGCGGACAAAGGAGUGAUGUGUCAUAAAUUGAAUUUAGGAAAAGAUGUUUUUUAUUGCCAUCAAGUCAAUGCAUCAACGACUUAUAUGGUUCCAUUGAUCGCCUCUGAUGGAACUACGGUUAAGGCAUUGGCCGCUUGCCACCAUGAUACAAGAGGUAUGAAUCCAAAUUUGCUUGAUGAAGUUCUCAAAGUUAAACCAGGGACUGUUCCGGUUUGCCAUUUUGUUGGCAAUAAGGCUGUUGCUUGGCUACCCAUUCCUGUUACAAGUGACAUCCAUGAUCAUCCUUGUGCAAUUUGAAUGAUAAGGAGUAAUGUGAUACACAAAUAUCAGAUAGCUUUUUUAUGAUUUUCAUGUAUUUCAAAUAAAACUAGUUCUAAACUAGUUAGAACUAUUUCUCUAUCUUUGUGCAAGUUUGUUUCCUGUUACAUUAAGUAAUGUAUGUUUGAGUUUCAUGUAAAAACUAAUUGUACGUUUGUAUUGCAUGAUGUAAAAAAUAAUUGUGUGUUUGAUAUAAUAUCUUCUUGAUAUGUACA